CAGGGACACUCAUUUUCACGCGAAAGAUACAAAAGAGACCUAUCGAUUGAUCGACCGGCUAUAGCAUUGUACGCCAUCUUUUCCGUCACAUCCACAAAAUGGUCACGAAACACCUACAUUUGUUGCUGUCUGACAGUUUCAUCACAUCGGAAAGAAUACGGACACAUACGAGACUCUAAGACUAAGAGCCACGCGUCUACUACAUGCUCCAGAUGUAUCGCCCUUCACGGAAUGGCCUCUGGCAGAAACAGUAGGUAUCUAAAAAAAAAGAGGUUCUGGCGUCAUAGGUAUCGCAAUGAAUUGUCGUUCAAAAGGAUCCAUGAGUCCCCCAGAUCGUCGCUUCAACAUUUUCCUUCCCGUUCUCAUCUUGUAAAAAUUGAAUCCGGCAAGCACAACGCAUCACCUAACCAUGAAUGCUUCUCGAGACCGUCGCAAGCCGGCAGAGGAUGAGUCCGACAGCAGCGUAGAGUAUGAAGACGAGGUUGGACCUCAGCAGAGCGGCGACUCACUUCUCAACAAAUUCAUUCAAUCCCACUCUCAAACGUCCGAUUCUGCAGCGCGCCAUCGCGCUUCAAAGCCACACCUAUCUCACCCCGUGGUCAUUACGCAGCGGCGGCCUGGAGACAAAAAGCGAGGCUUCAUCAAAGCCUAUGCCCCUGCGCUGGAACAAUAUGGCAUUGAUCAGGACACGUUCGUCGAAUUUAUCCGUGCCACGAACAAGGCCAUGCAGGAGAACAAAUGGCUCGUGGCAGUCCAAUUAGCGGCCGCUGGGACUGGGCUCGUUCCGAAUCAUAUUGCCUUGGGUGUUUCAAUAGCGGUGCAGUUCGUCGCGGGCGCAAUAGCCCAGGCCGAGGCCAAAUGGAGAACGAACUCUUUCUUGGACCGCAUCAACAACGAAUUCUUUCGGCCCCGAGGUCUCUUCUGCUUGCUCAUGUCUUACAACCCGAUCGCGCUGGAAAAGAAGGAUGCUCCAGAUGAAGUCGACGCUGUGUCCAAGGCGGUCUCGACCUCACCCAAGCCAGCAUUCGCGAGCCGUGCCAAGAGGAACCUUCGAAACCCGGUGGCCGCCACCGUUGAAGGGGAAGAAAACCUCCCUGCCGUCACAGCUCCGCUGGUCUAUCUGGACAAGACCAACACCGACGAGUCUCGUUCGGGAGGAAAUCCGGGGGAGAAACAAAAGAUAGGUGACCGACUGAACAAAUACUUUGACAAAAGAGCUCAAGCACGAUAUGCCAAAGAAAGCAACGGGGAUAUCCUUUCUAACCCCGAACCUGCCAAGUUUAAAAAUCGAUACCUCGACCCGACCUCCGCGGCCAGCAAUGGGGGUCUUUUGGGUUUGGUGUCGGGAGGGAAACUCACUCGGGAUCCGGAAAAGGCAAAGCAAAGUAUGCAAGCACGGUUUGAGUCUCAAGAGAAAGCCAUCCGAGAACAACAGUCGACCGUGAUGGCGCGCCUUCAGCAACAGUUGCAAGCCAUGAACCUUUCGCCCGAACAACAACAGCAAUACACCAAGCAGUACCAAGAUAUGUAUGACCUACAACUGCAGCAGAUUCAACAACAGUCGGACUUGGUUGCCAAGGGAAACCUGCAGCGUCGUAUUGUCAAGGUAUGUUGCCCAUCCCGUCCAUUGUAAUGCCCUUUUCCGAUGGGACAUGAUUUUUCACUGACGGUGCCCUUGUUCAGGACGUUCUCUACUUGAUGAUUGUCGACAUGCCUUCGGAUGAAGAGAUGGAGGUCGCUCGAAGCCAAUUGAAGACUUCUGGUCACACUCGAGCGACGGACGGUAUGAACUUUGCCACUGUUGGAGUAUGAGUACUAGACAGUCAGGGUAUCCUUGAAGGUAUAUUUAGGGAAUGAACCAUAUGAAUAUGAAUAUGCUACAAAUGUCAAAGACUACUUUCACAGGGCUGUGGGGGUGAUUGUGUUUGUCCUGCAAAUGGCAGCUACGGAUACUACAUCCAUGUCUGUGUGUGUGGUUGUUUUAUG